GCAGCAGACACAAGUGAAUAGUUGUGAAGUGAAUUCUACUGCUUUAAAACCCACUGCUCAAAUUAUGGAAAGUGCUCGUCUGAAUUCCAGACGUCAGCUUGGUCGCGGAAGACGCAGGGAGAUGUCGCACUUUUGGGAUGAGCGACAGGCCUACGAGGAGCUUCUGUACUGGGACAGCUUGAUCCAGCAGGGUCACCGCCUCUUACCAAAAGACUUCGCCAGAUAUGAUGAACUGCGGUAUUGGUAUGAUUGUCUUUGCUAUGAGGAUGAGCUGAGAAAAUACAAUGACUACGUUGCAAGGAUGGAGGAGUCACAUGAUAUACGUCCACCAAAGGAGCCUAAGCCGAUCCAGGUUAAGCAAGGGCCUUAUGAUCGGCGGGUGUUGUUCAAACACUCUGAAGUGUACCCCUCCACAGAAGAACUGGAAGCUGUGCAGACCAUAGUGUCAGACGUGGAAUGUGCCCUCAAGAAUGUGUCCGACCAGAUGGAUAGAACCGAUGUGAAAGUAAAAACAGAACCUGGAAGUAAAAGUCUGGAGAAGAAAGAACGUAUUCUUCGGGGGGUCAUGAGGGUCGGUUUGGUCGCCAAGGGUCUGCUGCUGAAAGGAGACAAGGACCUGGAGCUGGUGCUGCUGUGCUCCAACAAACCAACCACUCACUUGCUCACAGAAGUGGCUGAGAAGUUGACCACACAAUUAGAGUCUAUUUCAGCUGGGUCAUACGUUGUGAAAGAAAGUCAGAGCGACGGUGACAUCAUCGUGACGAGCACAAAGGAAUCCCCCCUUGUUCUGACCAUCCACCUCACGUCGCCUCUUGUCAGAGACUGUGCCGACGAAUCGCAAACUGCCGACGAUCCUCUGGAUGUUCUGGACAGGCAGAAAUGCCUAGCUGCCUUGGCGUCUCUCCGCCACGCCAAGUGGUUCCAGGCUAAAGUGAAUAAACUGACAUCUGCCAUCGUCGUGAUCCGGAUAUUAAGGGACAUGUGUGAAAGAAGCCCCUCUUGGGCUCCUGUUUCUGGAUGGCUGCUAGAGCUGCUCGUGGAAAGGGCCAUCAGUACGUCUGAUAGGCCGAUGGGAGUCGGCGAGUCGUUCCGCAGGGUGUUGGAGUGCAUUGCCUCUGGAAUCCUUUUACAAGGGGGGCCUGGUAUUAAAGAUCCUUGUGAGAAGGAACCUGUGGAUGCGUCCGAUGUUCUGACUCUUCAGCAGCGUGAAGAUGUCACCCAACAGGCUCAGAUUGCCUUGAGGCUGUGUGCUUUUGGCCAGGUGUACAAAGUGCUGGGACUGGACCCGAAGGUCGUUCGAGCUGGGAAGCCCUACUCACCUGGCGACCAGAUCCCACCUGCCGGAUUCUCCAGCACGCCUUCGAAAAGACGCUUCACAGAGGAGACUGCUGAUGAGGAGGACCAUCUCGAUGGCAAACAGAAGAAGUUUUUUAAGUUCCAGAAGCGUUUUCCAAGGAAAUCAUUAAGCGACGAUGUCAACUUGAACGCAGUGAUGCGUCUUAACCAAUACAGACCCGGACUGGAAUACCGCCUGAUAUCUCAGACAGGUCCGGUUCAUGAGCCGGUUUUCAAAAUGGCUGUGGACUUGAAUGGAAAAACGUACGAGGCCACCGGACCGUCCAAGCGUGCGUCCAAGCUCAAUGUGGCGAUAAAGGUUCUGCAGGAUCUGGGUCUUCCAACUGGUGUAGAAACCAAGACAGAGUCGGCAAAUGUUGCUAAAGAAGGACAGGAAUCUGCGAAACCUGCUGCUGCUGGAGCCUCAGAAGACGCUGGCCAGAAUCCCAUCCUGACCAAAAACGGAAAGAACCCUGUAAUGGAGCUGAACGAGAAGCGCCGCAGCCUGAAGUAUGAACUGUCUGCAGAGACGGGCGGCUCUCAUGAAAAGUGCUUUGUCAUGGAGGUUGAGGUGGAUGGACAGAAGUUUAAAGGGCGGGGCUCAAAUAAGAAGGAGGCAAAAGCCUACGCUGCACUGGCGGCUCUAGAAAAGCUCUUCCCAGACAACGGAAAUACAUCAGAAUCUAGCAAGAACAAGAAGAAGAUGACCUACACUGACAUGCACAUCCCGGGGUUUGGCACCAUCCGUGGGAUCCCUUCAGACUCAGGGUCCCGGGGCUGGGGUCAUGGACGGGGCUGGGGAUGGGGCAGAGGACGGCAGUAUUCGUCUUCAGGACCUUCAUACAACAAAACCAAUUACAGUUACGAGAGCAAGACUGGCUCUGGCUAUCACAAACUCUUCACCAACAAUGGAGCAGACAACAGCGGGCACACCGAAGGUUACGGCACUUACUACCCGGAGAGCAGCACCUCUGAAAAGUCCAAGGACAACACGACAGCAAGUUACCAGUCCGUCACUUCUUCUGCCGACCAGCAGAGUCCCUACAGCUAUGGCUAUGGCGAAGAGAAGAAGAAGCAGCUGACCCAAACUCAGAGUCAGGGAGGAGCCUACUCGUACAGCACGGCGUACCCUGCCUCUGUGACAGGGGCGCAGGGCUACAACGCCUACGGUUGGGGAAGUCAGUCGUCAUGGACCAAUCAGCAGGGUUACGCGUCAGUCCCGGGCGCCGCAGCUCAAAACCAGGGUUCUUUCUACGGAUGAAACCUUUCACUCUCCUGGUCCAGCUUUUCAUUUCAGGAGGAGAUGGUUGAUACUACUGUUUGUUUGCUCUUGUUGUGUAACCGUUUGUCUUUGAGUCAGGCAUAUAUAUACAUAUAAAUAUAUAUAUAUAUAUAUUAAACAUGUCUUUUUGAAAUUGAUUUUUUUGUGUGUUUGAUUCAUAUUUUUGUGCGAUUACAAUUCAAGCCUCUUCAAAAACAUAAAUCGCUAAUUCUUCUUAGGUGGUGAAAGGGCCUUAGUACUUAGCACUCAAAACUGGACACUAGCAGAGAAAUGUUUUUCACUUUUUUGUGAAACUGCAGGCAACACUC